UCUCUCUUAAAACCACAGUGUCUGUAGUGCACAGUAAAGCACUAGACAUUAGACAGCAAGACGUCAACCACUGCCUUCUGAAAAUGAAUCAAGAAAUCGUUGGAAAUAUUGUCCUCCUGGUAAUCGUUACAUUAAUCAGCGUAGUCCAGAACAUUUCUUUUGCAUUUAAAGUGGAACAUGAAUCCAAGAACCUGCAUUCCAAGAGCUUCCAGAGAACCGGCUCACCGGCCUUCGAGAAAGUGUACACAGCCAACCAAAACUGCAUAGAUGCCUACCCUACGUUCCUAGCCGUGCUGUGGUGCGCUGGCAUCCUCUGCAGCCAAACCCCUGCAGCCUUCGCUGGCCUCAUGUACUUGUUUGUUCGGCAGAAGUAUUUCAUCGGUUACCUAGGAGAGAAGACACAGAGUACUCCUGGAUACGUUUUUGGAAAACGCAUCAUAUUUUUUAUGUUCGCCAUGAGUCUGGCCGGGAUCAUCAAUCAUUACCUUGUGAUCAUCUUUGGAAGUGAUAUGGAGAAUUAUAUAAGUGGACUCAGUAAGACCUUCACCCCUCUACUGCUCAUACCGUAAUGAUGGUUUGAUUUUACAUAAUACUAAAAUAAAGGCUUGCUUUAUACAUUA